CUCACACACACACACUCACUCACUCACUCACUCACUCACACACAGGCUUCACACCCGGACGCGCACGCACUCAGCGCGCACUUUGAAGGAAAAGACGCAGCAAAGACGCUCGAAGGUCAGCGAACGUCUCUGUCCUUUCUUGAAAGAAACGCGAAACAGCACAAAAAAGUUCUAAGAAGAGAAGAACCAAAUCUGCAGCAUCUGUCCUGGGAUUAAUUUACCUGAGGAAGAAGGAGGAGAAGAGGAAAGAGACGAGGUCGGACCAAAGGAAGACCAGAAUCUCACCAGGCAUGGCGGCGGUUCUGCCAAGGACCCUGGGUGAGCUGCAGCUCUACAGGAUCCUGCAGCGAGCCAAUCUCCUUUAUUACUACGAGGCCUUCAUCCAGCAGGGCGGCGAUGACGUUCAGCAACUGUGCGAAGCCGGGGAGGAAGAGUUCCUGGAGAUUAUGGCCCUGGUCGGAAUGGCCAGCAAACCUCUGCACGUGCGCCGCCUGCAGAAGGCGCUGCGCGACUGGGUCACCAACCCAGCUAUCUUCAACCAGCCUCUGACCUCAAUGCCUGUCUGCAGCAUCCCUGUGUACAAGCUGCCCGAGGGCUCGCCGACGCUGCUCAGCGGCCAGGACCGAGCCAACACGGCCAGUGUCAAAACUCCCAAAGCCGUUGGGGCCACUUGCUCAGAUCCAGGAAAACUGGAUGUGGCUCGGGACAAAGUGUCGGCAGGGUCACCACAGCAGGGCAGCAGCGAGGCGCGGUUCUGGUCUGGCCACAGCAAUGACAGCGAGCACAGCCUGUCACCGUCGGACCUGGGUUCCCCGUCGUCCCCCAGAGACACCCUGGAGGCCCUGGACACUGCUGCCGUGCAGUCGGUUCUAGAGUGUGUGGACAGGAUGGCACCGGGACUCCCCAAAACAGAAGUGGCUGAGGUGAAAGAGCAACUGAAAAACAACAAAAAGCUGGCCAAGAUGAUUGGACACAUCUUCGAAAUGAGUGAUGACGACCCCCGACGGGAGGAAGAGAUUCGUAAAUACAGCGCCAUCUAUGGACGUUUUGACUCCAAGAGAAGGGACGGCAAACACCUGACACUUCAUGAGCUCACUGUAAACGAGGCAGCAGCUCAGCUGUGUAUGAGGGACAUGGCUCUGCUGACACGUCGGGACGAGUUGUUUGGACUUGCACGUCAGAUUUCCAGGGAGGUUACCUACAAGUACACCUACAGGACCAGCAAGUCUCGAUGUGGAGACAGAGAUGAACCGUCUCCAAAGAGAAUAAAAACAGAGGAGAACUUCUUUGACAUCCAGGAGGCGCUGCAGGCCAUCCACAUGAGACAGGAGAUGCUAAGGGAACAGCUAGCCUGUGCCAAGUUGAAAGGAGAGGAGAUGGUUGGGCGAAAUCUGCAGAUGCAGCUUGAGCGUCUCCUUGCGCGGCAGAUGGAGAUCCUGCAGGAUGCUGCCGUCCAGGAGCGGCUCCAGGCCCUGGAUUGGAGGAUCCCUCCUGCUGCGCUAAAGUACCUCAACGACGCCCAGAACACAAACGGAACCACCGCUGACACCAGCAGAGACAACCAAGACGACCGUCCGAUCAACUUGCGUGUAGUCAGUCAAAACAUGCAGGAAGGGGAGCUCCCACUGGGCAAGCAGCUGGCAAAUGAACUGAAGCGUCAUCAUAACCACAACCACAACAACAACAGCAACCACAACAACAACAGCAACCACAACAACAACAGUAACAGCACAGAUGAGACAAAAACACCAGCAACAGAAAACGGUACGUCACAACGGUUGGCCAGCAACGCAGAGAAGAAGACCAUUAAGACAGAGCCAGAAGACUCCACAUAGUGCCUCCCCACCCCCCACCUUCCCCUCAUCCAAAAUGCCCACCUCGAACCCACUCCCGACUCAUUCUACUCACAGUAUGCAGUUAUUACUCAUCAAUAGAUUCUAAGCAAGCACAGCCACAGUAGAGCCUUAACAACCAACGAUGCCUCACGGAUAGCAUUUAUUUUUCUUUGAUUUGUCUUCUUAAAUUUUUACAUAUAUAUAUUUUGUGCCAGUUCACUUAGAGAGCAUGUGAAGAAGCCCCUCAGUGCUCUGCAGGUAUUUGUUUAUUAAUUGUAUACAUGUCAUUUAAGAGUGAUCUGUGUUGACGUCUGUUUCUCCUUUAGCUCUGCCUAGCUGUUAAUUAUGUUGUGUUAGUUACAGUUAGGGUGUGAGUGGGAGACAUCAGGGCUGAGUCUUAACUCAAACGUUAGCUCCAACAGUAGACAAAAGCAGAAACAUCGGCUAACUUCACUUACACUGGCAUCAGGUGCUGCAGGUUUUGUUGUAGGUUUAUUUUUAACCCUACACUGAGUGAUUUCUCAUUCUUUCUAAUCUAAAGUUAGAUUAAAAUAAUUCAAUGUUUUUAACGAUUAGCUUGUGAAACAUGAAUAAUGCAUAUGUUUAUUUAAAAAACAGAGUCUAAUCAUUGUGCAGACCAUCUUUAACGUUAAAUCUUUAGUAAUAUUUGCUCUAUUUGGUUACAUUUUGUCAAAAUGAGUCUUCGGCUUUUUUGCGAUAUCCUAACUCCUGCUCGCCUAAACUUCAGUGGUCAUCUUUUAAAUUAUUGUUUAUUUAUUUUGGCCUAUUUGUUUAUCUUGUUUAUGCCUUUGCUAACGUUUAGCAUUUAAACGCUAUUACAUUCAUUUGCUUUUGUAGUUAAAAAGCUCUCAACAUCUAGAUAAAGUGGAUACAGAUUUGGCCUCCAGCCAUUGUUAAAUUGUUUUCAUUUGCCUUCAGGUAUUUUUACAUUUUCAAACCUAUCGCAUCUAGGAUUUAUACAUUUAUUUAUAAAGAUCACAUGCUUUUGAGCUUUUGUCACUUUCUGGAUUGAAACAUAGAGCAGGCGUAUGAAUAUGUACUGUAAGUAAACAUGUACUGUAAGGUGGGUUGGGUUAGGACUCAGCCCCUAUAAAGAUCAUGCUUGUUUUCGGUCAUUGAUGGUCAAACAUAAAGAGUGGGAUUAAUUCUUUCCUUCUUACCUGCAUUGUUUAUAUUUAUGGUUUGUUUUAAAAAAAUAAGAGGAUGUACUGGAGCUCUUGUGGAGUAGACGCUCAGGACCACCAGCACACGCUGGAGGCGGAGCUACUGUAAUCGGUUCAUUUCACUUUGUAAUUUAGCAAAACACUGCUGUUGAACCAAAACCAUGCGUCUGCAGUACAGACAGGGAUUAUUUCAGGAAAAAACAACGCCCGUGUGUGUCUUUUUAGAAAUAAUCCCAGCAGCUUUCAGGUUGUAAAAUUUCCGGAGUAUGAAACUUGUCACCUGGAAGCAAUAAAAAAAAAAAAAGUUUUUGUGUUUUGGCCACAAUUGUGUCAAAAAAUCAAAAACUAUCUGUGUUGUGUAGAUAGUAACCUACAGUGUGAGUCUUAUCUCCCAACCAGGGUUUUUAUUUUGUUCAGUGUAACUUUGCUGUAGAUUAUUGGUGUCGAAUACAACAUUUAAAUGUAAAGUAAAACACUUCAGAAAAAAAAUCUCACAUCAUUUAAGUGUCAAAUUCAACAGUGUGAAAUUGUGUUGUGUACAAAGAACACGCUUUGCGUGAUAAAAAUUUUGUUAAGCCUUAGCUCUUAGCAGUUUUUAAUCCACAUGUGAUGGCUGUGCAUAAUGUAUACUUCAAAUGUGUUUUGCUGUUAAGAAGUAGAUACAUAACAACCUGAGUGUUACUUUGUGUCCUGUCAAUUGUGUAAAUAUGUCUAUAAUGUCCAAAAAGUUGUUAUAAUGUCUAUAAAUUUUAGUCAAUCUCUCCUCCUCCCUGCAGGUCCUUUAGUCUCGUUAGUCAACAUAAUGACAACAAUGACAGAUGCAAUAUAAAUGUAAGUAAUAAGUCAGUUUGCAUUCUCUUUGUUAUUCUAUCGUUUACUGUAUGUCUGUCAGCAGAGUGGAAAAUACCAACAAUGUGGGAAAUGUGGGUGUCGUCUGCAUAACGAUGCACACAAGCACUGUAUUUGUUUCUCAGUCUGUACAAAGGAUACCAUGAGGUGGUUGGUACUGAACAGGGAGGUUUGUUAUCAGUCAUAAAAAAGGUGAAGUUCACUGUAAAAACUAAAAAACAAAACAAAAAAACACUGACAUUUUCUACCAUCUAAUAUCUCAGAGAACAGCUUUUACGUGUCUAUCUUGGCAACUCACUGAUCACCCUUUCCUCACUGUUUAUUGUAAAGUGAUAGAUUAGGCUUCACCGAGUUAUGCACCAGUUUUUUUAAACACUAAUAUAUUUUAUUUGUUAUACACAUAAACAUUAAACUUUAUUUUUGAACUGUA